AGCAGCAGCAGCAGCAGCAGCAGCAGCAUCCAGGGACUCCCGGGAGCUAAAACUCAAGACCCGACCAGCAGCUCCAGCAGCUUCCUGAAGCAUCCGUCCAUCUGCAAACCAGGCUCCAAACCGUGACACAAUGAAAGUGGCUGUUGUUUUCGUCCUGCUCUUCGCCACGGUUCUCUGCCAGCCGGUGAGGAAGGUGUCCAUCAGCAGUUCGGAGAGCUCUGAAGAAGUGGCGAGACGGCCAGCGCCUCCGGCCGUGAAGAAACAGGCACUCCUGGCUCCUCAGACUCGAGCAGGACCUGCGCAGGGUGUUGCAGCCGCCGCCGAGUCAGACGAGAGCGCCGAGAGUUCGGACGAGGACGGAGCUCCUGUCCAGCCCGACAGCGCGGACACGACCUCGGCUCCGGACACCGCCUCUGUCGACAGCGACGAAGACGAUGACGACGACGAAACAGAGGAGGAUGAAACCGAGGAGGACGAGAACGAAUCCAGCGACAGCUCGGACUCCGAGUCCGGCGAGUCCUCCACCGCCUCGCCCACAGACGUCCCCGUGGUGGUCACCGACGAGCCGGCGGCGGAGACCACCGUGGAGCCCAUCGAGCCCACCAUCGUCACGGACGUGGACAACGGCCGCGGCGACAGCCUGGGCUACCCCAGCGACUACAAGUCCAUCAUCUACGUAGAGGACAAGUCCUACCACAAGGCCCCCGCUCCCUACAAGUCCUACGAGUACAUGGGGAAGAAGACGGCCUACGACAUGACCGACGGCAACGAGGUGGAGAAGUCUCUGAAGGUGUACAAGGUACAGGCUCUUCAGAUCCACUCUGACCUCCUGGAGGAGGACACCAGCACCCCCGAGGUGGAGAGCCAGGGCCUGGACCCCCGCCAGGCCUCCCUCCCCGGGGAGGAGGAGAUCGUGAGCACCACUGAAGCCACCACCAGCGAGAGCUCCAGCACCCCCGAGGAGGAGGAGGAGGAGGAGGAAGAGGAGAGCACCAGCGCCGCCACCGACAGCGCCAGCACCAGCCAGGAGUCCGACGACGACGAGAGCCAGAGCAGCGAGGAGGCCACGGCCACGCCCGGGGCCGCCGACAGCGACGACGACGACGACGACUCGGACGAGAGCGAGUCGUCGGAGGAGGCCACGGCCGCCCCCGACGCCACCACUGACAUGCCAGUCGUCAUCACUGCCAAAUAAGCUCCGCCCACACGAGAGAUGGUGUGGAUGGCGGCGCUAGAUUGACAGGAAAAAAAAGCGCACACUGCAAAUGUUUUCCACUGCAGGACCAAACAGGGACGACUCGUUUUGUAUUUACCAAAAGUUUUUUCUGCCAUUUGUUUGUGAAUCUCAGAGAGGAGACAUGCUUUAUUUAAAUAAACCAAUAAUUCAUGCAUCCUGUGGUACAGAGGUCCUGGUAAAUUGAAGGAUUGAUUCCGCAGGGGGCGGGGGGAAUUAAAAGCUCAAUUCGUCGAAUGUGGAAAAUAAACUGCUACUUAGAGCAGAAGGUCAGAGACCUCCUGACCUUAAGCCCGCUCUGCCUCCGCAGGGCACGAGGUCAAAUCUGAAAAAGCAAGCGAAGACGCUGAGUCCUGAUAUCUGCACUAGCACACCACUAUUUAAUCAUUACUCCAUAACUGCCAUCAGCAUCGUUCCGUGUGCUUUUGAAAUAAUUUAACUCCUUGUAAUCACUUUGAGGAUAACAGAUUUUAGACUUGACAUCCGUUUUUUUUCCCGCUACAUCGCUUAGCUUUCUCGCUCGCUACUCGCUAAGUAUGCUAGUGUAGAUAAAAGGAUGCUAAAUAAGGAAAGUGCAGGUUUCAGUCAGGUGAAGACGCAACACACGAAUACAAACAAACCAGUCCUGUUGAUUUGCACAGUUUUUCUAUCUACACUACAUGUUGUUUGUCCCAUGUUGUUUACUGUAAUGUAUCAUAUUGUACCAUUUCUGAAGUCUUAAUAAAUUCUUUUUCAUAAAA